AUGUCUCACGCUCAAGUCGAGGAAUUGUCCGACUCGGACCCUGAGAUCGAUGACCCUUCCCACUACCUCCCACACAGCGACGACCAGGUGAUCCGGCUCGCAGACACCUCUGCUCCUCGUUCCAAUUCCUCUUCGUCUUCCUCGUCCGUGUCGCCGUCGAUUCCUUCGUCAAGGCCAGACUCCAACCCGACCCUCUUCCGCCCUCCUCCCACCUCCUCCGCACAGCAAUUCCAGCAACAACAGACUCGCGAGCAUAUCAAGACCUUCCAGACCCUAUACCCCGUCUACUUCGACAGCACGCGGACACGGGCCGAGGGAAGACGGGUCAACUCUUCACUGGCGGUGCCCAACCCGCUGGCGCUCAACCUCCUAGAAGCUGCGAAAGCCAUCUUCCUCGACACAGCGCCUUUGCCCCGGAUCGCCUUCGAGCCGGACAAGACACACCCCAAGGACUGGGCGAACCCGGGCCGCAUCCGCAUUGAGAUGUUCCACCCGCAGACGCGGAACCCCGUCCACCCGCAAAUCAAGAACAAGGCGCACCUCUACACCCUGAUGGGCCGGUGGUUGAAGGCACACCCGACCGACGCCAAAGACCCGUUCCAGCUGAAGAUCCCGGGCCUACCCAUCCCCGAGACCUUUGGCAAGGAACCUAUACCCGUACCCCGAGGCUGGAAGAUGGGCACCAUCUUGCCAGUGCAUUCGCCCGCCGUCAGUGGAGGAGGCGUCAAGGACGAUUUCUUCAAGGAGGCCAUGGAGGAGAUUCGCCAGGCACAGAGUCAGGGUCAAUUGCCGGCGGGUGGGGGUGGCGGCAUGCCUGAUUUGAGUAUGUUGCAAAACAUGAUGAGCGGUAUGGGCGGUAUGGGAGGGAUGGGAGGGAUGGGAGGUCUAGGCGGUGGAAUGGCAGCCGAGUCAAGCGGAGGUGGAGGAGGGAAGAAAAGAAAAGACAAAAAGAAGAGCUGA